AUGAAGCCCGGAAUCGUGGAAAAUAUUCGCUAUAUCUUUACAUCCAUUGGGAUCUAUACCUUAAUAAUAAUGCUUUUUGGAGCACCAUUUUUCCAGCAAAUUUUAGAAACAGUUUCUUUGGCUUCGUUACUCACUUGCUUCACAACGGUUCCUUUCAUUGCUUUGGAUGAAAUUUCGAUCCAACGCAUCAGGACUGUUUAUUCUUCUCCGAAUGAGCCACACGAAUGGUUUCUGGUCUUUCUUGGUUAUGGCACGAUCGUCGGAACAUGGGCUUCCGCUGGUCUCCUCAUUUUGGACUGGGAUCGUCCCUGGCAAACCGAAUCACUAUCCCCACUGGUAGACCAGCUAUUCGAUUUUCUAUCUCAAUGUUCAUGGAUUUACGCGUUUCGUUGGAUUGAUCCACAGUACACAAAGCUUGCUGGCACAUUUUGGCAUCCAUUUCUCUCCCACCUCCCAAAUGAAUGGAAAAUUUUUUUCGUUACUUCUUCUUUUGAUGAUUUGAAGACGCUGGUUAUCGGUGGACCCCACAGCACUUUGUGUCCUUCAGAUCUCCUCUCCUUCGCUGAUAGUUGCCGCAGAUUCACUCGAUUGUUGUUCGAAUUGACAAAACUUCCACCAAACUCCCUGAGGCCAGGGCAAGAUAGCUGUCUUGUCUCGAAUGAGACCACGUGCGACACUUAUUUCCGUGUGCAACCAACUACGUUUCAACCUAAGCACUUAGGCAUGACUCCGAAAAAAUCGCACGAGGUGGCGAUAAUGGCUGAGUUGGCAAACUACAUGUUGCUCGGGACUAAGGCGUCUUUAAUCUCAGCCGGUAACAGAGGAGCUACUAUCUCCGGUACCGAAUCGCCUCUGUCGACUGCGAUCACGCAGCUAGAACUAGAUGAUGCUGAGCCUGUCUCCGAAUUGUCCCGACUUCGAUUGCUUGUCGACAUUGGUUCUGGUCUGGGACAUUUACCGAAUUCCGUGGCUAGUAAAUGCACACCACAUGCUGCUACAGUGUGUGCCGACCACUCAACCUGUGCGCCCCUUCAUGUGAUUGCUGUGGAUUGCGAUGAGUCCUUGCAUCGCAAAGCAGAAUGCUCACUUCGAACGCGACGAGCACCCACUGCACCUUUUUGUUGUUCAUUGGAGCGCUGUGUCCAUCGACUCCUGUUCCGUCUGGACCCAACCAAUGUACUUCAAUUCAAGACCAAAUUGAACGCAUUUGUUCAAUCCCUCCCCUGCGGGGCUUCCAAGUCGACUGAUUCUGGCGCCUAUCUGCUCUCCGGGCUGCAUUGCUGUGGUGACCUCAGCCGUGCUACUCUCCACCUCUUUCGAGUCGACCCAGCAGCGCGACGUCUCAUCCUGGUCGGAUGUUGUUACCACAAAAUGGCGCUCAAAGAAUUUCCCGCCAGCACUGCGUUGCGUUCGGCAAGGAGCGCUGUACUUCUCGACCAAUUUCUCACAAAAGCUGCUUUCCGUUUGGCAUGCCAGUGGUCUCCUGAAAUGUGGCUUCAUUGGACUGAUUACGACUUCAACAAGCACAGAAUACGAUUCAUCUAUCGGCUUAUGCAGUCUGUGUGUUGUCCGGCUAAGCAUACCACACUUCCCAGACGACGCCAACAACGCUUUGAUCCAACCUCGUCUACUGAGGUCGCUGCCAUUCUUGACACUGGUUGUGCAAUGUCCUUCGGACAAAUCUAUUCCGUACUUUUCCAAUGUCUGACUCGUCAUUGUGGUUGUGAACUGAUGUCUAAUGUUUCGGAUUCUGUAAUCAAUGGUUUGCAUCAGCUUUGGUUGGCCACUCCAGGCCUACUGGCCAUACAACAGCUUGUCCAACCACUUUUGGAACUUACGAUUCUGCUCGAUCGCCUAUUAUACAUUCGCGAAGAAGUCAACCUAAAAUUUUCUGGACUGGUACGUCUAUUUGACCCCCAAUUGUCACCGCGCUGCCUUGCGCUUGUGGCUUGUAAAUAG